AUGCUAGACCUUUCAUCUCCAACAUCUCCAGUCCCAGAAAGCGGAUGGACCAACCAACUCCCAAACUCGACAAAACAUAACCCAACAACUCCACGAACACAAGUGACACGACCAAAACAACGCCAAAUUUCAAGCGCACGAUCCUCACUCUCAACCUCAAAUCCCACACCCCCACCAUUCCGCAACGUCUCGGCCUGUAACCGCUGCCGCCUCCGCAAACACCGCUGCGACCAGCGCCUUCCACGCUGUGAAUCCUGCGAAAAAGCAGGUGCCCGCUGUGUGGGCUAUGACCCUCUCACUAAGCGCGAGUUACCGCGCAGCUAUGUCUCUUUCCUUGAAAGUCGCGUCGGAUAUCUCAAGCAGGUCUUGAUAGAUCAUAAUAUUGAUUUCAAGCCUGCGACUGCAUAUGAUGAGGAAGAGACGCUUAGAUUAGAGUCUGGUGUCAGACGUGAAACUUCACCAGGUGCGAGUGUGAAAGAUGGGAUUGUGGCGCGGAGUGCUAUGUCAGAACAGCGGGAUAGCUCGAGGCGGAAGAGAAAGAUGAUGACUCCCACUGAAGAAGAUGAAGAAGAAGAACUUCCUCCGCGACAGAUGAAGCGACUUUGUCAAUUGAGUUUGCUGCUUAAGGAGUUUUUCAAUGAUGGGUGUACUCGUCGGCAUUGUGAUGGGGAACAUGACCAUGAACAUGAGCUUGGACAGGAACAUGUACAUCGGGAAAUUGCCGAAGCAAACAACCAUCGAGAUCGAGUCCACGAUGGACCGCAGCAAACACAGCCCUGGUCACCGCAGAGCUAUGAAUCCAUGGAACAUAGCGACAAUCAUACAAUCUCCGGCUCGGAAUCUCCUGAAUAUCCCCCGAGACAAUAUCAUGAUCUCAACUCCGGGAAUGAGAUCUCUUCAUUUGAUGGGAUGUUCGGUUCAACUCGCGCUCCUAGAGUUUAUGGGAUAGACACGCAGCCGAGGAUCAAUCUUGGUUCUGAUGUGGUGGAUUUCGAGUUUGAUAUGCCGGAAGCCAAGCCAUCCUUUGCGGCUGCGGGGAGGAAUAGGAGUGGAAAUACUGCCAGGCGCUGUGAACCCUUGUCGGAUAAAGAGCAGGCGGACGCAGAUGCGAAAUUUGAUAUUGGGGCUGAACUUUUGCGGCAGCGGACUGAGAAGGCGAAUUGUGAUUUGUUGGAUGAGUUUCUUGUUGGUUGGAGGGAUAGUGAUUGA